GUGCGGAGUCUGCCCUAACGCUGGUCACGUGACCCUCAGCAGCAGUCAUAUGACUGGCACGCGGAGCUGCGGCGCAGGACGGAGGAGGAAGUUGAAUCUCUGCUCCUGAUCUAACUUCGUGUUCUCUCGUGAACCCUCUCUGCUUGUUUCCACCGUCGGUAGCUGCUGCUGUCGGUUCGCUGAUGAUGUCCUGCGGGCUGCUGCUGCUGUGGUCGCUCGCCGUGCUGCAGCUCGGCUCCCGGGCUCAGUACGUCCCGGACGAGACGACACAUCUGCCGGGUAUGAUGUUCAAGCCCAACUACCGACAGUGGUCCGGGUACCUGCGAGCAGGACCGGGGAGGUUUCUCCAUUACUGGUUUGUGACCUCUCAGAGCGACCCGCUCAAGGACCCUCUGGUGCUCUGGCUGAAUGGAGGCCCAGGCUGCAGCUCACUGGAUGGAUUCCUGUCAGAGAAUGGACCGUUCCAUGUGAACGAUAAUGGGGCCACACUGUAUGAGAACAAAUUCAGCUGGAACAAGAUCGCCAACGUGCUGUAUCUAGAAUCUCCAGCAGGGGUGGGCUAUUCCUACUCUGAUGACCUCAAUUACAAAACCAAUGACAACCAGGUUGCUGCUGACAACUAUGCAGCCCUGCAGAGCUUUUUUAACAAGUUCCCGAAUUUCACACAAAAUGAAUUCUUCAUCUUUGGAGAAAGUUACGGUGGAAUCUAUGCACCAACCCUCAGCCUGCUCGUGGCUACAGGACCUGCUAAGUUUAACUUCAAGGGCUUCGCAGUGGGAAACGGAAUCAGCAGCUUUGCGCUCAAUGACCAAACUUUGAUCUACUUUGGUUACUACCACGGCCUCUUUGGAGAAGAUUUGUGGCAUGAUCUGAACAAAAACUGCUGUGAGAAGGGGACCUGUAACUUUUACAACUCCACGUCCGAGGACUGCAAGGAGCUGGUGUAUGAGGCCUUCGAUACUGUGUAUGAAAGUGGACUGAAUGCGUACGCCCUCUACUUGGACUGUGAGGGUCACAGCAGAUUCCACAGAGGCUACGAGAGGACCAUGACUCAUCUGUUUAAGAACUACAGGAAACCACAGCAGAGCCACAAAUUUUUAAACAGAGGGCCCUCUUCCGUGUCCUUGGGUGAAGUUCCUCCCUGCAUAAAUAGCACAGCUCAGAUGAACUGGCUGAACAGGGGUGACGUGAGGAAGGCUCUACACAUUCCUGAUAUGUUGCCACCAUGGGACAUCUGCAGUGAUGAUGUUGGAGGGAAUUACACCACCCAGUACCAAACAAUGAAGGAUGUAUAUCUGAAGCUUCUGUCUAUGGGCCUGCGGGCGCUCGUCUACAACGGAGACACUGACAUGGCCUGUAACUUCCUGGGAGACCAGUGGUUUGUGGAAGAUCUCGGCAUAAAGGCGACCACAAAGUACCAGAGCUGGAUUCAUGAUGACCAGAUUGCAGGAUUCUACCAACAGUAUGGAAACAUAACCUUCCUCACAGUCAAGGGUGCCGGUCACAUGGUUCCUCAGUGGGCUCCAGGUCCAGCUUUUCAUAUGUUCCAGUCCUUCAUAACAAAUGGCCCCUACUGAGCCUGUAUAUGUAUGUAUGUAUGCAUGUGUGUGUAUAUGAACACCUGUGGCCCGCUUCAGACAAACUGAACCCUGAGAUGAGCAGUGAGUUUUCUGUUGAUCCAGAAUAACUGAUCCGAGUGUGAGCCUGGUGAAUGGGGAUAAAACGCCAUCAUCAGUGGAGCUCUGACAUUGUGAUUAAAUGGGUAAAUAAAAGAGCAGAGCUGGCUAGGCUUAUGUAUGUAAUAAUAAAACUGCAUUAUUUA